AUGACAACCCAAAGUAAGUUGGUGACGAAUUUUGGUCCGGAGGCUGAUGAUGUUAAAAUCAUUGGGAUUUUAGAAAGCUAUAUGAAAUUAUAUGCUUUAUCUGUUGAUGAGUUGUAUAUUAGGUGGGAACAAUUCUCUUACCACAAUCAGCACUUGUCUUUAAAAUUAGAUGAAAGCACUCUGCAAAAUUUCAAGUUGUUCAUUCAACAACAGAUUGAGAAAAAGGGUAAUAUAUCCCAUGGAUCGGUUAAUUCUCCUGGUGCAAGCAAUUCAGGAAGAAACCCUAAUUUAGGGAAAAAGCCAAAGAUGCUGCGUCCAACAGGUGGGACUGGGUUAUUUGGGUUCGGAGGAUCUCCAAAUACUCCUGUAGUAAAGAAAAGGAAGCUAGAGGAUAGAAGUUUUUUGAAGAAUGAGUUGCAAGCUGAUGGUUCGUCGCCAAUUGUUGAUACUAGAUCAUCGCCCAUUUUCAAUGGAGAAAAUUCUUCUGCAGGUACACCAUAUUCUAUGAAGGAAACUGCGUUUCCAGAUAAGAUUAUCGACACUCUAAAUCCAGAUUUGCCAAUUGGCGAAGGUAUUGACUUUAAUAAUGAAAGUAAGGUGAAGAUGGUACCACUGUAUGAUCAAAAAAAGUACAAGUACAGGACUAUGAGACAAAAUUUAUUGGAUUCUGCCGAUGUAUUGGAUGAACAAAUUAAUAUUUUUACAGAUAUUAUUCAAGAACGUUAUAACCUUGGAAAUAGUGAUCUUGGUGACCCUACAAUUCAAUCUCAAUCCGCACUAAUAUGUACCGGUAGGAUUGUACCUGAUACUCCGUGUGAUGAGCGCUUAAAUAUGGAUUCAGUGGCUAUCGAAACUUCAAGAUCUGCUGGUAUUGGAAGGAGAAUCAGACUGAAUCUAGAUGAUGUCAAGGAAUGUUCUCUGUUUCCUGGCCAACUUAUUGCUCUGCGCGGUAAGAAUGCGAAUGGUGAGUAUUUUAAAGUGGAGGAAAUAUUAGAACUGCCGUACUUGGAUUUUCCUGUUUCCAGCAUUCAAGAUAUUCAAGAAUCGCAGCUAACUUUAGACAGUCAAAUGAAAAUUGUCGUCACUUCAGGACCCUAUACACCUAAAAAUUCAUUUGACUUUACUAAUUUUUCUGAAUUCGUUGAACGAAUUAACACUAAAAUCAAACCUCAUGUCUUAAUAAUGUUUGGACCUUUUUUGGAUAUAUCUCAUCCUUUAAUUAAAACAGGAGGAAUUCCCAAAUUCCCAAAUCUGAAGUUCCAACCGCGCACAAUGGAUGAAAUAUUCUUAAAAGUUCUCGCGCCAAUCCUAAAGAACCUCAAUCCUAAAAUACAAGUCAUUUUGAUUCCAUCAACCAAAGAUGUACUUUCUAAGCAUGUUUCAUAUCCACAAGAUGCAUUUUCUCGGCGUGAGUUGCAGUUACCAAAGAACUUCAAAUGUGUAACUAAUCCUGCCACAUUUCAGUUAAAUGAACUUUUUUUUGGUUGUUCUAAUAAUGAUAUCUUUAAGGAUGUCAAAGAGAUCCCUAAGGGGCCCAAUACUCUAUCGAAGAAUAGACUUGAUCGCGUUGCUGAGCAUAUUUUACAACAGCGCAGGUUUUAUCCUUUGUUCCCCGGGAAUAUCAAUACCUGCAAAACUUCAGAUGAUGGUACAAGAGAACACAUCUCUGGAGCAGACUUAGAAGUGCCGUAUCUGGGAUUAACAGAAUUUGUUGGUGACUUUAUUCCUGAUGUCAUUAUCAUCCCAUCUGAACUCACACACUUUGCUAGGGUAGUCAAAAAUGUUGUAUUUAUUAAUCCAGGUCCAUUCGUAAGGGCAGGCGGGUCCAGGGGAACGUAUAUACAAAUUUCAAUCAGCCCCCCGGAUGUGGAAAAUGGAAACGUAACAAAAGUUGCAGAUAAAGACAUUUACUUACACAAUGUAUGGAAACGAGCUAGAAUAGAUAUAUUAACAGCCUGA